AUGAAGAAAGCUACAGCUCUACAGGUUUGCGUGGUUGUUCUGGUCUGCUUAAAGAAGGCUGUGAUCGGAUCUCCAGUGGAGUGUCCAGACCAAGAGAUUGGAGGGACGUCCUGCACAAUCUCAGCGGAGAAGCUUCUGGACCGAGCCGUUCAACAUGCCGAGCUCAUUUACCGCUUCUCAGAGGAAGCCAAGCUGCUGUUUGACGAGUUGCUCGACUUAUUCGGAGGCAUGAAUCAGUAUAUUCCUGGAGGGGCUGUGUGUGCUCCCAAAACGGUGCCGGUUCCUUUGUCUAAAAGCGAAAUUCAACAGAUUUCCGACAGAUGGCUUCUGCACUCAGUCCUGAUUCUGGUUCAGUUCUGGAUUGAGCCACUGGUGAAUCUACAGAAGUCUCUGGAGAACUAUAAAAGUGCCCCAAUUGGACUUCUUAGCAGGAACCAGUGGAUAGCUAGCAAACUAUCAAGCCUGGAGGAAGGGCUGCUGGUUCUUAUCAGACAGAUUCUGGGUGAAGGAGGUUUGGUGUUGGGUCCUCCUGAAGAUGUUUCAGAUAACACUCUCUCUGUCGAUGCUUUCGAGACAGUGAGACGAGACUACAGUGUGAUCUACUGCUUCAGAAAAGACGCACACAAGAUUCAGACGUUUCUUAAACUCCUGAAGUGCCGCCAGGUUGACAGGGAAAACUGCUCCCUCUUCUAA